UCCCGUGCCUCUUCCUUUAAGGGGGUGUGGCAGGAGGUAUGUCCUAUGACUACAUGCAUUUGUUAGUAGGCGUCCCUCAUUCCCAUCUUGGGAGGUGUGUGUGAGGGGAAGAGAGAGGUUUGGAUCAGAGAGCUCACUCCUGUGUUGAGAGGACUAGGCCUCACUUGGCCACACCCUGGUAGUACUCCAGUCAGGCUUCACACGGCACCCCUGAUUUCCACCGCAGCCUCACAUCUCACCCAUCCUCAUGUUCCUGCGACCGGAGCCUGAUCUGGGUUGGUUCCCCACCCAUGUCCAGGUCACCAUCCUAGAAGCCAAAGGCCUUCGAGCCAAGGGGAAACACGGCACCAGCGAUGCCUACACGCUAAUCCAGGUAGGCCGGGAGAAGUACAGCACCUCUGUGGUGGAGAAGACCCCAGGCUCCCCAGAAUGGAAAGAGGAAUGUACUUUCGAGCUGUCCCCCGGAGCCCUGGAGAGGGGGGAGAACUGCGAUCUCCAGCUGACGGUCAUGCAUCGGGCUCUUAUUGGCAUGGAUCAGUUUCUGGGGCAGGUCAUCGUACCUCUACAGAGGAUCUUUCAAGAGGGACGAUCCCAGAGGAACCAAUGGUACAAACUCCACUCGAAGACUGGGAAGAAGGAGAAGGAGCGAGGGGAGAUCCAAAUCUCCAUCCAGUUCACCCGCAAUAACCUGACCGCAAGCAUGUUCGACCUCUCCAUAAAAGACAAGCCAAAGACCCCUUUCGGAAAGCUGAAAGACAAGAUGAAAAUCAAGAAACGUUUUGACAUGGAGUCGUCUUCUGCCAUCGUACCAAGCAGCGUCGGCCGCCUAGACAGCGACGAGGAGGAAGAGAAGAAGCCAAAGUCUAAGGCGGCCGCUUUCUUCAAAGGGCAUCUACGCAAGAGCUCCCUGACCAAGUCCAAUACGUCUCUGGGCUCGGACAGCACCAUCUCCUCUUCCAGCGGCGCUGUACCCACCAAUACUGGCAUCUCUAUAGUGUUGACCGAUACUGCCAAGAAGCCUGCUGCCAGGAACAACAGUCUCUCCACUGAACCCUCAGUUAUGGACCAUAAAGCUUCUCCUAGACUGACCCACAAGAGGGCUUUCAGCGACGAAGUCAGUCAGGUGAAUACGUUCCCUGAACCAAAGGCUGUGCAGAACCUCAAACCAAAGAGCAGCCCCAUUUCCAAAUCUUCAAUGUGCAUCAAUGGAAGCCACGUCUACACAGAAGUGCCUCCUCCAAGGUCUCCUUCUCUGGAAAAAUCAUCACAAGCUUCCAAAUCUUUUCAGAAUAUUCUAAAGAAAGCAGAGGAGUCCGUGGUUCCUGAAGUCCUGAUGAGGCAGUCCCACGCUGGGGAGAAACCAGAGCGCAAGUCUGCCACCCCUUCAGUGUUUUCUACAGAAGAGGAGAAGAUCUCCUUAAAAAUUACUCCAAAGCCAAAACUUGACCAGGCCAGAGUGGAGACCAAGCCUGUGCAAGUCACAUCACCCAUGGUGUUUUCCGAGGACCUCUCCAAGAAUAAAGUCUCAGAGGUGAAGCCCAAAGAAGAGAAGGCCAAGGAUGGCCUCCAGCUUGAAUCUGGAAAGAAAGUGGUCAAUAAGGCCAUUGAAGACCCCAAACCACAUGUGCCUUCGAGUUCCGAGGACAGAAGCAAAGUCGGCAGUUGGUUCGGUUCCAAAGAUGCAAAGGAUACACCACAAAAACCAAGUUUUCCCUCUGGGUCUAUUGCUACCUCAGAAGCUGCUGAAAGGGGCUCUACUCUUGUGGAGGAACACAGUCCACCAGUCUUCUUUCCACCUGCAGAAGAUCAGACGUCAUCCGUGUACCAAAAGGGAAUUGACUCGGAAACUUUUGAUAUCGAUGACUCUUCGGCAUCUCCAGAAACCGUAUCGGAAUGGGAGGAACAAUUUGAUGUGUUUGCUUCAAGCCGACUGCAAAAAUCACCAGAAACCAAAGAACCCUUCAUUGGCGACUCUGAAAAGAAUCCAUCACUUUUUUUUUUUGGUGUCCAUGGACCCGAGAUUGGGCAAGAUUAUGGUGAGGAGAGUAGCUUGAAUAGGCCAAGUUUGCAAGCACCUUUUUGGUCAGGUCAUACAGAAAAUGACAGAAAAAAGACAGAUGAAAGCCCCUUUCCCUCUCCUAUCUUUCCUACAUCCUACAUUCCCCCCUAUGAGUCUGCUUCAAAUGGGACAUUCACUAGGGACUUAACUGCAGAUCAGCUGCAAUAUCCUAGUGUAAAAGUGCCAACUUCUAAACCCAGUCCAAUAAAAAUCAAAUAUGUAGAAACCAGCCAAACCGAAAACAAAGUAGCUUCUGUCUCUCCAAUUCUGAUUAAAGAACAAAGCCAGGUUAAUUCAGAAGACAUGUCUCAAAAUUUGGUGCAUCCAAACAAUUCCCCUACUCGUAGAAUUUUCUCUUCUACCAUAGCUGAAAGUGCGCAUGAGCUGAGGGACAGCACUGGCCUAAUUAUUGAGGAGGUAAAGGCUGCUAUCCAACCCAGGCAACAGGCAUUGAUAGAACAUAAUUUUGUUAGGGUAGGUGAAGACCUUUCUCCAGAACCCGUUACGAAUGCAAAGGCACCAGUAGAAAACAGAGUUAAUGAGUUAAUUAAAGAACAGGCCAUAAGUGCGGAUAUAGGGUCCUUGGCACCACCCAAGCCCCGACAGCUUACGUUGCCACCUGCCUUUGAACCCAUUGAGUCUAAUGUAGAUAAUUGCAAACAAACAAGCUUUCAGGACACCAGUGGAAAACAAACCGAGAGCCCAGAGGAACAUGAGCUUGAGCAAAACAUGGGGGAUAGCAAACACACACACUCUCCAGUGGCCUGUUGUCCUGUAAUUGAGAUCAGAAGCCCAGUGUUAGGUUCUACAACUGAGCACACCCAAUCCACCGCUGAGGGCCUUCUGACUAAUUUAAGAGAAGGAAAUAAUGAACGUCCAAAGCUGGGUGCUGCUAAUGGGGAACACCUGUUAGACGUAAAUGACACCUCUGCGGCAGAGCAGUUCAGGACUUGCCUUUCGAGCGUCUCACUAGACUCCUCAAGUCUUCAAGAAAACUCAAACAAAUUGGAGAUAAUUAAGCAUGGUCCAUCUGACUUGCUCUCAACGUUGGGUGACAACAAACAGGAUAAUGAGGACUUUAUCUUCCAAAAGCCAACGUCUUUGCCAAAGAAACAAAAGGGGAACUGGACAGAGGAUACAAGUGCAUCUAAAAAACACAGCCAAUCUGACGUUUUGUUUUGGUCUGCCUUGGAGGAACAAUUACUGUCCAGCAUGGCAGAGCCAACAACGGACAUGCAGAAUGUCAAUGUUUCCUUGGAAUCCAGUAUGCUCCCUAACCAGACUGUGGAAUACAGAACUGAGCCAAACAAUGGUAAAAAUAAAAAUUUAAUAAGCCACCUAAUAGAAUCUCAUAGCCCACCACCAAAUGAGAGUUCAAGUACACUUGAGUCUAUUGAAAGAAUAUUGGUAGAAGACAGCCAUCCUAGUGUUUUACUAAGCCAGCAGUCCUCUUGGUCAGCAGAUAUCAUUGUAGACUUUAAGAAUGAAGACUUUUGGAAAACAUACUCUUACCAGUUGGACCAAAAUGACCUAAAAAGUUUACCAAAUCCUGGAAAUCCCUUUACGCCUACUGAUAAAGCCCCUUUAAGUCACAAGAACCCAUUUAGUGACCACUCUACAGAAAGUCAAAGUUCUGAAUCUUCUUCUUCUCUACAAGAAGACAUGAGCUUCAAAGAUCUUCAUGCAAGGGCAAUCGAGGGGCUCUCAUCUGACGUCAUCACUGCUGAUGUGAAAGCUCCUAAUGUGCAUGGCAACCAACCCCUGGCUUUCUCUACUCCUUCCUUAUUAGCUGCCCCAAACCCUAAAUCCUCAAACUUCCCCUCUCCGAUACAGUUUUUGACAGCUUCCGGGGUCACCACCACCACCGCAAACGCCCACAUAGCAACUUUGUCGUAUCUCCACUCUCCUGCUUCCAGUGGUGUGACGUCGCCAGCACCUGUGGUUCUGCCUCAGGAGACACAGCCAGCUGAAAAUCCUUUUAUGCCUCUAACGAACAGUCCACACCCUGUGAAGCCCAUCAGUGCUGCACCAUUAGAACCGGCCCCUGAUAAGAAGGCGCACAAGCCGGUUUUGUCCACAGCACUGACCAGUGGUCUGGAGUUGCUGAAACAUGUGACCACAGGACAACAUUCAUCUAGCAAGAAGCAGGAGUUGGACCGAAUCAAGGAUGUGUCCUCUCCAGACCAGGCAGCCAAAUAUUACCACCUGACCCAUGACGAGCUGAUCAGGAUGUUACUGCAGCGAGAGGCAGAGCUGGAGUAUAAGGAUAUCCACAUGCAGGAGUUGGAAGACUACAUAGACAAACUUCUGGUGCGCAUUAUGGAACAGGCACCUGCACUUCUCCAGGUUCCUCUGGAGACCAAGAAAUAAAAGCUAAGGGGGAGACCUGGUGGAAAAUGGUGAAAAGGUCUCCAGUUAAAUUCUUAUACUGUGGAUAAGUGACUGUUACGCUCACAUUGGUUGAGGACUCCUAGAGAAGACUUGUACAGGUGGCCUUCAACUCUUCUGCCAUAACAACAAUAUGGUGCUGAGCAUCCUUGACACAUUCAAAUGCUAUCAUAGCUCAGUUUCACUCCUGGAUUUAUUAUAUAUUGUACUUUAAAGUCUUCAGCCUGGCCUAACUCUGUGCUUGGUGUACAACACACAAGAUUGAUUCAAGUAUUUAAGGACCACUAUACCAUUACAUAUACAUUACGAUAGAGCUGCUAAUAACACCCACAGCUAUGUAUAUUAAAUUCCUCACGCUAUGUAUAAAGAGUGAUAUUUGAUGAUGAUGCCCAAAUAACUGCUCUCCCAAACUAUGCCACUUCUAAGGAACAUCUACCUAUGGAUGAAUGUUAUUACGCAUAUACACGCCAAUUUAUAAAAAUGAAUUUUGUUAUGUCUAAA